UGAGUCAUUCUAUCAAUGUUACUGUCUCAGGUAAGCAAUUUCUUUAGUUUGAAAUACACGUCAAACAAUAACAAUAUUACAUUAGCAAUAGCCUCCCUGACCGGGUCCCACUUUGUAUACAUUUCAGAGAGUGUUGAGGACACCACAUAUGUGCAUCAGAAGAAUGAAACAACCAACAGUACAGCGAGUCAGAGUGACAGCUUCCUGGAGUGGGUGUGGCCUUAUGUUUACUCCUCGGCUGGGAUUGUGGUGUUUGUCAUCGUGGUGAUAACCAUAUCCAUGCUCUCAUUGCGUGGUUGUAAAAGUGCCUGUCCGGCCAGGAAGUCAAGGAAAGAGGACCAAACAGAGAACCAGUAUAUGGCUAUACCAAUGACCCAGCAAGCAUUCCCACGACCCAACCCACAAUCCCACCACAGAGGAAGCAUCCGAUCCCACCAAUCCCAGGACCGGCUCCAAGCCCAGCCCACCCCACCGCCGGACUGUAUCUAUGACAACGCACCUGCCAGGGGCCCACGUCGCACUCAUCCGGCACCCGGCCAAGCUGCAGCCAAUCAGGUAGCUGUCCCGGUGGACACGGACAAUACCUAUAGCAACGGGAAGGAGAAAGAGGAAGAGAGUGAUAUCAUGUACGCAGCGCUAAACCAUCAGGUAAAGCCUCGGGCCGCUGCGCGCCCUGCACAGCCUCGGAUAGAGGGCUCAGAGUACGCAGCCAUAUGAGUGUCCUGAGCCCUGGAACCAGGAAGUAAAACUCCUCUUCCCAGAGGGCCACAGUCCGACUGGUCUUUGUUUCUCCCUGAUUAUGAGAAGGGGGUCGCUGCGUCCCAAAAUGGCGACCGGAGUAUGGGCGAGUGGGUGUGUCAAAAGGGAAGUAGUGGGUGUGUGGAAAGGAAUGGGUGUGUCAAAUCGUCUGCUAUAGGUUAGACGGUUUUGAUUGAGCUGUGUUUUUUUCUCUUCCGUUUCUUGCCACUCAACCAGACUGUGACACACAACUAGGUGCUAUCAUCAACCAAAAAGGGUUAUUUGGCUGUCCUCAUAAGAGAACCCUUUGAAGAACCCCCUUUGUUUCCAGGUAGAACCCUUCUGGGUUCCAUGAAGAACCCUUUCCACAGAGGGGUCUGCAUGGAAUCCAAAAGAGUUCUACCUAGAACCAAAAAGGGUACUCCUAUGGGGACAGCCGUAAAACCCUUUUGGAACCCUUUUUGUGUACCUCACAUUGAGCUACCAUACUGCGAGAGUUGGGACAUCUGUUUUUAAGCCAGAGGAUGAGUCUGAGUGUUAGAAGUACAUGAAUAAUUGUACAUUUUCCGGUUUAAAACUGAAGAUUGUUCAUUGGGGCGGCAGCUAGCCUUGCAUUGGGUCAGUAACCGAAAGGUUGCUAGAUCAAAUCCCAGAGCUGACAAGGUCAAAAUCGGUUG